GAUAAUCUCCCGUUAGGGUGCACAGCAGAAAAAAUCGGCCGUUUCGCACGAAAAUUCGGAACAGUUGUAGAGGUUCGAGUACCGAGGUCAUCAUCCAGACCAGUUUCAUCUAGCUACGGAACCAUAGAAGUCGGAAAGCAUUCACGUUCCUUUGCGUUUCUGCAAUUCACUGAACCUGAGGCUUGCAAAAGCAUGUGUGAGGCGUACGCGUGCAAAGCUGUACCCGAGAGAAAUAAGGAAGAAUGUCCGCUGUUGGUCCCGCUUCUCCAACGCCUACUUUUCCAUAUUAGAGCAAGACGGAGAAGAAAGCGAAGAAGCGAAGUAGGACCGCAUACUGUGAUUGGAUCUCUCAGCGAUUACUUCGCAAAGAUACAAGUGUUCUCUUUCGCCCGUUAUAUGGAGCUCAGAAAGGAGUACAUUGCUUUACGUCGACAAUCGGAUAGUCAAGCUAGUAGGCUCACUAGAAAAGACAGUCGGUUUUCAGAAUUCGCAUCUCGUCUCUGUGAUGGAAAGCUGGGACGUAAGCUGGAGUCGUAUCGAGAUUGCUACUGGAACGCAGACAUGGCAGAAGAAGAGUGA